AUGGAUGGUGGUCCCCUGGAGAACAAAACGUCGGUCUUUGCGCACAUAGAACAAGGCCUGCAAAACAAUCCCCAUGGAGCCGCUGUUGUAUGCAUGCACCAGUCUGCAGAUCACCUGGGCCAUCUUGUCCCCGCAGACGAAGAGGCAGAGGUUGGACCGCAUCGAGCGGACUGUCUGUCAUGGACGUAUACACAGUUACAUGGCGCCGCUCACAAGCUGGUCGCUGGUAUGACGGCAAACAACGUGGAGGCCGAGUCCACUAUGCUGGUUCUAAUCCCCAAUGGCGUGGAGUAUGCCCUGCUUCUCUGGGCCUGUGAACUUCUGCGCCUAACAUUCGUCUCGGUGGACCCCGCACUGCUCCAGGAAUCCAGCCGGGAGUACCUGAAGGCAACCCUGGGUGCCGUCGCACCAUCCCUGGUUGUUGUACAUGAUCCGUUAGGGAGCAAUGCCGUGGACGCUGCCCUGGGACAACUGCCCCGUCUUGCAAAGCCGCUCCUCCGCAUUGCUCUCGAUAGCUCCCUGCCGGGCUGGAUCAGUCUGGUCGAUCUAGCUCUCAACGCUUCAACAAGAACACCGUCCUUACCGGAGCAGCGUCUGCUGGAAGAAGCGGCGCGGAACGACAAUCCGGAUCGCAUCCACUCAAUCAUGUUCACGUCCGGCACGUCCGGUCGCCCCAAGGGUUGCCCUCAGCCAGUCCGAGGCAUGACACACGUCCUACACUCGCAGGCGUGGCUGAUCAAUCAGGAGAAUUGCUCCAUACGUGCUCUACAGCAGGCGCACAACUCUCGAGGAAUUGCACCGGCGCAGACGCUACAGACCUGGCGCGAAGGCGGCGCCGUCGUCCUGUCCAGCGACGGAGGAUUUUCCGUGGACGACAUGGCGACAGCCAUCUCACACUACCGGGUCACGUUCAUUGUCCUGACGCCGGCCAUGGUGCAUGGCAUGGCACAUCGGCUGUCCGUCUCUCCCUUCCCCGUUGACUGCGUCCAGACUGUCCAGAUAGGAGGCGAUGCAGUGACGAAGGAUAGUCUGAGUAGGUGCGCUGCCCUCUUUCCGAUGGCUCGGAUAUGUGUCAACCACGGCAUGACAGAAGGCGGGGGUGCCUUCACCUGGCAGCCCUUUCUGAAUACCCCUCUGGAACAGAUCCCCUUCUUUGGUGAAACCUGUCCGGUCGGAAUAGUAGCCCCGGGGGCGAUUGUACGGAUCUGGGACGCGGACAGAAGACAGGCGGUGCUCCGAGGCCAGUCUGGAGAGCUGCAUGUUUGCUGCGGGAGUGUUAUACCGGGCUAUCUCCACGGAGUAUCCGCAUCUUCCUUUUAUGAGGACACGAAAGGGAGGUGGUUCAAUACCGGAGAUAUCGCCAUGAUGAACGCGGAUGGACUGGUAUUUAUCUUAGGCCGACGCAAGGAUAUGAUCACCUGUAAUGGGGUGGCUAUCAUGCCCGCAGCUCUGGAGAGCUGCGUGGAAAAAUUGACAGGACAGCAGGCGUCCGUAGUCUCUGCACCACAUCCGACGAUGGGACAGGAACCUGUCGUUGUGGUUCGGGACUUCGACGGUGUUCUGGAUAGGGAAGAUAUCCAGCGUCAUGUAGAGCAGAGGUUUGGACGCGACUAUGCUCGGGGGACAAUUUUAUCGUUGCAGGAGAUUGGGCUGGACCAGUUUCCAGUGAACGCAACGCAUAAGCUUGUUAAGCACGAGCUCGAGGCAGCAGUGCGAGCUCAUCUGCGUGUCUAA